AUGGUAGGAAAGGCUAGGUCUUCCAAUUUUACCUUAUCUGAAAAGCUUGAUUUGCUAAACCUUGUGAAGCCAUAUGUGAAAAUUCUCGAAGAGCACACUAACAAGAAUUCAGUAAUAGUGGAGAAGAAUAGAUGCUGGGAUGUCAUAGCAGUUAACUAUAAUGCAACUGGAGUGGACCGCCCUCCUCGCACAGCUCAGGGCCUACGCAGCCUUUACAAAAGGCUCAAAGAAUAUGCCAAACAGGAGCUGUUGCAGCAAAGGGAGGCCCAGUCAGAGUUUAAAAGCACUAUCUCCGAGCCAACCAAGAAAGUUAUGGAGAUGAUUCCCCAGAUUGCCAGCUUUUGCCUGAUAAGAGACAGGAACCACAUACAAAGUGCAAACUUGGAUGAGGCUGCCCAAGCUGGGACCAGUUCACUGCAGGUAAUGGUGGACCACCAUCCUGCUGCUAUCACUGUAGAGGUGAAGCAAGAAGAGGACAUUAAGCCAUCUCCUCCCCUGGUUUCAAAUCCUCAACUCAAUGAUACUUUAGAGCAAAGAGAAGAGCAGGAAUUAAUGCAUGUUGUGGAAGGAUCCAUGUCUCCAUCUCUUUCUUCUGUUGAUAUGAGAAUGACAUCAUCUCCAUCUUCUAUCCCGAGGAGAGAUGAUAUUUUUCAUCAGGAAAGUGGAGAACACUUUAGGUCUCUGCUAAGAUGUGACCCUCAGGUCCUGCAAAUGUUAAAAGAGGAACAUCAGAUAAUCUUAGAAAAUCAAAAGAAUUUUGGAUUGUAUGUUCAGGAGAAGAGGGAUGGAUUGAAAAGAAGGCAGCGGCUGGAGGAGGAGCUGCUAAGAGCAAAGAUUGAAGUAGAGAAGCUGAAAGCAACUCGCUUACGGCAUGAUCUGCCUGAAUACAGUAGUCUCUAAGAAGCUUCCAGUCUUGGAAUUUGAUAAUUUUAAUUUUUUCAGAAUUAUUUUAAUUUUGGAGUAUCAUGAAGCUC